GACUUAACCCAGCCCAUCGCCCCCCCCGAGAAGUGUAGCCACCUUCUCCUUCCCUUUCGCUCUCGUUAUUACCAACUGGACCCGACUGUACAAGCUUCUCUUCAAUUAUUCCCGUACAGUGUACAUAACAACUUAUCCUCAUCUGUCUCGAGUCCAUCUGUCGACAGGUGCAAAGUACGGAAAGAGGAAAGAGUUGUACCUCACCAACGCGCGCGCCCCGGCAGAAUCUUCACUUUAUUGGGCACAGCAGCCACCAUCCUCGCACCGAAAUUUUACUGUUACUGCACUUGACUGUCACCUUUUUCUUCCUCCGCCUUUCAUCAACUCCGGAGUAGCUUCGAGUCACAAAUUAUCUGGUCGUCGCAUCGGAUUCCGCCAGCUCAGUCGACGUUUUACUUGGAUCUUCGCCAAGGUCGCCUUGAACAAUAUCUCUUGGCUCUCACCGCGACAGUCCUCAAGCUUGGCGCGACGACGAAACAAUCAUGUCUGAACUAGGCGACUCCAGCACCACCCCAAACCCGCCUGCGCCUCAGGAUGUCUCUGCUGUCUCACAAUCACAGCAACAGGGUCAAUUGCCUCAACAACCUCUGCUUCAGACUCCUCAACAACCUGCGCCUAAUGUCAACGCCGCUGGCGAGAACCUCCAGUGCCAGUGGCAAGGAUGCGGCGAGCGCUGCACAUCCGCAGAGGCUCUCUAUGAGCACGUCUGCGAACGCCAUGUCGGCCGCAAGUCUACCAACAAUCUCAAUUUGACCUGCGCCUGGGGUCAGUGUCGGACCACCACCGUCAAACGUGACCACAUCACCUCCCAUAUUCGAGUCCACGUUCCCUUGAAACCUCACAAGUGCGAAUUCUGUGGCAAGGCAUUCAAGCGACCUCAGGAUCUGAAAAAACAUGUCAAGACUCACGCAGAUGACAGCGUCAUCAUGCGCUCGCCUAACCUCGAUGCAAGUGGCGGGCAGCGUUCACAGAAUGGCAUGCCUUCAGGCGCGGACUACAACGCCUCGUACUAUGGUCACGCUCUCGCCGGUCAAGUCGGGCAAAACUACUAUGCUCCUGCCAUUCCUGGGCCGGGCGACUACACUGGCCAGCAUCAUCCGAACCAGUAUUACCAGCCUCACCCACCUGUCCAGACUGGACAACACCCCGGUUACGGUCCAGUGACGUACUACAGCACAGCGCCCCCGACCACAUACGAUUAUGAGACUCGGAAGCGCGGGUACGACGCCCUCGACCAUUUCUUCGGUCAAGUUAGACGGAGAGAGCUUGAUCCUGCCAAUUUCCACAACAUCAGCCGCCGUCUCUUCGAGCUUCAAGGUCUUCAACUUCCCCAGAUUAUUCCAGCCAAUGUUGCUGUUCCUGCCUAUCAGCCGGUCUCUGUUGGCGGUGCUUACGAAUCUGAAGAUCCCAUUCAAGCUUACAGUCUACCACCAAUGGGCAACGCAAAGACCCGAGGUGACUUGACCUCGAUCGAUCAGAUCCUGGAGCAAAUGCAAGCCACCAUCUACGAGAACGACACUCAUCUUGCCAACACUGGAGUCGGACAAGCAGGUCCUGGCUACGUCGCCUACCGCACCAGCAACAGCCCGCCUAGUGCUGCUCAAGUUCCAACCAGUGCAGCCCAAAGCAACCCUGCCUCCCUUCUUCAACACACCCAUCAAGGCAGCAUUGCCAGCACAGCUGAUGCCAGUACCCCAGGCUUGACCCCGCCGUCCUCGGCCCAGAGUUACACUUCCGGUCAAAGCCCGUUACAGAACCAUGCGGCUCCAACCAGCAGCGCCAUGUAUCCGAGUCUCCCGUCGAAUGCCAGUGACAUGGCUUAUGCCGCUGCCAAUGCCGCGACCCUCAGUGGUAUGUUUGACAAUGACGAGAGACGCCGCUACAGCGGUGGCAUGCUCCAGCGCGCCGCUCCCGACAAGGACAAGGACGACAUGGACAUUGCGACUGAUGGUUCUAUGACGCCUCCCGCGUCGGCCAUGAACAAGGGCAAGAAGAAGGCCGGAUCCCCCGGUGACAGCGUCAUUGAUCCCGCCCUGUCUGCCGAAAUAGGUUCGCCCAGGAGUGACUCGAAAGACCCAGAGCCCGGCGAGGUUUGGGUUCAGAACAUGCGACUCAUCGAGUGGAUGCGUGACCUGAUCAAGAAACGAUUGGAGACGGGUCAAUUCGACGACGAGAGUGACAAGGCACUCACCCCCAAGCAAGAUGGUCUUGAUCACGACAUGACAGGCACGGACGAUCAUAAACUUCAAGAUCGAUCGGAAGAAGAACAACUUUAUCCUGUUCUCAGACAUGUUGAGGAAAGUGCUUGAGAGGAUCACUUUUCUGUUGAACAUUUGUCUAGACGGAUCAAGCAGGAACAAUCUUGAUUGUCUCUGUUUCCUCUUUCUUCAUCAGGUCUCUAGGGUUCCGAAUUUCGGAUGCCGCAUUAUUGAUGAAUAUGAUCGCUACGCUUUAUUGCCUUUUAUUUCUCUCGGAGCAUACUUCUGGACCUGGGGGAGAGGGGGUAUGGACGGCAUGGGGUUUCUUUGGAUGAGCAUUGAAAAUAAAAAGGGGUCGAGGUGUACCAUGGAGUAAUAUCAGGGGUACUUGAGUGGAUUGUGUGAGGAGUCUUCUUCUUUUCUUUCCUUGAUGUGGUGUUGUGUCACCACCGCCCCUCCAUCAGGGGGGGGGCCCGCGUGGGUAUGUAGGUUGUAUACACAAAGACCUACAGAGUGUAUGUAGUAGUAGGGUACAGUUACACAAAAGAAAGGGUGUGGUCUG